GACUUGCUUGGUCAUUUCAGUGUAUCACAUCGCUGUGGCUCUGGAACCAUACAUCAGUCAGGCUGGUCUCAUAGUCAGGAGAUGGAGUUAGUCUAUAGAAGAUGUCUCCAAAGUGACCGUGAAGGACACAGCAAAAGUCUUCCUCUGGCUCCGGACCAGAGACAACAGGAAAAGCAGCUCGCUCACUGUAAGGCUGGCAGUGAUGAGAAUGAGAAGGAACGGGGACUUGAUGUCUGUGAAAAGAGUGUUCAAUCAACAAUGCCCAGUAACCAAAAGGAGCGGAAAGAUAAUUGUGUUGCUAAUGAUCCCGUGAAGACUGCAAAAGGCAAAGUUCACCAACGGGAGAACAAAGUCCACCUGAUUCAUGAAAGGAAACAUCCCCGUCCCCCCGAGAAGACCAUCAAAUGUGGCAAUGAUUCUUCACACAAGAGCCAAGAGAGUGCCACAGUGAAACCACAGAAUGCCAAGCAAGAUGCAGUGCCGAGAGGUUCUUCAACGUCACUGUCAAAGAAGGGAGAAAAAUCAGAAAUCCACCUGAAAAAGAUUUCCGUACAGGCUGUGGAAAAAAAUGCUCCGGGAACAAGUUCCAUGGCACAGAUUCCUGUCCGAAUUACUCCACGGGUGGACGGAGUUGGUCGCUCGUCGGGAAGCUUUCUUGUCCCACGGCACGAUCCUUUGAAGAAUCCGCCCAUCAUGAAGAGUAAACCGACUGAGUCUCGGUCUUCUGAGCCCCCUGUAAAAAGGAACAAAACAGUGCAGGCUGUAAAACCAGACGCUCCAAAGAAGCCAGCCCAAGAGAUGUCAACGGAUGUCACACCUGAGACAGCAGAGAAGCCUGGUCCAGGUUUCUGUGGAAUUGACUUCUUUGCCAAACCGACCUGCACCAUUCCGGGGAAGGCAAUCCAGGGGAGCACAGGAGUAGACAAGCAAAGCCAGGAUCGCUGGGGCGUGAAGGCAGCACAUCAAGCUGCCUCUUCAGACGAUGAGCUCAGUGACGACGAUAUAUUUCGAGAGGUACCACAACGGUACACGGACAAGACAAUCAAGACGAAGGAGAAGACAAACAACAAGUUUAAAGGAGAUCAGUUGUCACUGAAUGCUGCUACUCCUAAAGACAUUCAACGCCACCAGAAGAAACAUUCUUGUAAGAAUGUUGUACCUACCAAAGAGGGCAGCCAGCAUCCUACCAGAGAUCUUAAAUCUCACAGCACCUCGGCAACUGGCUGCAAAGUUAGUAAGGCUGGCAAGGAGGUCUCCAGAUCAGAUACCACCACAGAAAAGGGUCGGCCAAAGAACGAGACCCAUAAAGACCCUCGCUCUGCUUUAAUUUUGGCAAAAAGGGACAAAUUGAUGAAGGCAUACAGAUUGGACUGUGAGACCUUUGCCAUGGUGGCAAAACAACUGGUCAACCAAGAUCCUACAAUCGAGAAGCAGGUCCAGUUAGCGCUCAGGAAGAGUCUGCAGCUGGUUGGUGAACGCUGUCUGGAAGAACUGAAGAGAAGUAUUGCAAAGUACGACGCUGCAAAUUCAGUGAAGAAUCCAAAAUGAGUGUUACUUUAAAGCCAUGUUUUGGAGUGGAAACAUUAUACCUUGCAUUAGAUUUCUCCUAGCACUUUCCACUGCCAAUAUUUAUUCUCCUUCAUUUUUGUUCUGGGUGAGG